AUGACUGAUAUCAUCGCCGGUCAAGCUCUGCCCUCCCUCUCUGUUCCUUCAGAGAAGGAAAAGAAGUAUGAUCGCCAGCUCAGAUUAUGGGCCGCCAGCGGCCAGGCUGCUCUGGAGUCAGCCAAUGUUCUGCUGGUCAACUCCGGCUCGGGGACUGUCGGCGUAGAAACCCUGAAGAAUCUUGUUCUCCCAGGCAUCGGCAAAUUCACCAUCGCCGACGACACUACCGUGACUGAGGCUGAUCUGGGUGUCAACUUCUUCCUUGACGAGAGCUCUCUGGGUAAGUCUCGUGCACAGUGCUGCACUGAGCUACUUCUUGAGCUCAACCCAGAAGUCGACGGUGAUUGGCAUCCUCGGAACUCGGAAACCCUGGAGCUUGGAGAAGUUCUAGGCAGUGACAGCCCUUUCACAAUCAUCCUGUAUACGCUGCCCAUCAGACCCGAACAUCUCAGCGCACUCGAGUCCUACAGCCGAGAACGCAAGACGCCACUCAUCGCCAUCCACUCAGCAGGUUUUUACGCUUACUUUAGGCUACGUCUCCCUGGCGUCUACCCCAUCGUCGACACUCACCCGGAUGCAACCGCCACCACGGACUUGCGUCUUCUGACACCUUGGGAAGAACUGACGGCUUUUGCCGAGAACAUGACCAAGGAUAUCGACGGCCUUGAUAACCACGAGCACGGUCACUUGCCGUUCGUAGUGAUUCUUUUACAUUACCUCAAAGUGUGGAGAUCAACCCAUGACGACGUGCCGCCCACCAACUAUAAGGAGAAAGUCGAGUUCCGCAAGAUGGUGGCCAACGCUGCCAGGGCCGAUAACGCUGAAGGUGGCGAGGAAAACUUUGAAGAGGCUGUCGCUGCGGUCUUGAAAACCAUCUCGCAGCCAUCCCUGCCCACUGCUGUAAAGCAGGUGUUUGAGUACCAGCACACUAACGAGUUGGAAUCAACGUCAAGUUUCUGGGUCAUUGCCGCUGCAGUUCGCGACUUCUACGAGAAGCACAAGUGUCUGCCGCUGCCCGGCGGUCUUCCGGACAUGAAGGCUCAAUCGAACGUCUACAUCAAGCUACAAAACAUCUACAAGGACAAGGCUCGCAAGGACGCCGCUGAGGUUCUGGGCAUUGUUCGCCAGAAUCCUUGUGGCGACAGCGUUGACCCAGCUGAAGUUGACAUGUUUUGCAAAAAUGCCGCUUUCAUCAAGUUAAUCAUCCCCACAACUGAUGGGGUCGGCCAACUAAGAAGCGUAGCUCGUAAGUAUAGCACUGUUGUCUACUUCAGAGGUGCCACAGCUGAACCAUCGAUAGAACAGGAAUUUGCCAACGAUGAGCUGGCCAAGGACCCGUCGAUGCCGAUGCCUUUUUCGCUUCUGCCAAUAUAUCUUGCUCUCCACGCAACAUCUCACAGCUCUUCGGCCACACCGGACGAUAUUAUGGCAUCCGUCCAGAAAAUCCUGCCAGAUGCUGAUGACAACAAACGAGUCAUCGAAGCCGCUCACGAGGUGUCCCGUGCUCGUGGCGGAGAACUUCACAACGUCUCCGCCACGGCAGGCGGCAUGGUGGCCCAGGAGACGAUCAAGAUAAUCACGAAUCAGUACAUCCCAAUCGAGAACACGUGCAUAUUCGACGGCAUUGGAAGCCGGACCCAGGUACUUCGCUUGUAG